AUGUUUCUCUUCUACUUGAAACGAAACAUCGCCAGACGUUCCAUUUUGAGAACGAACUGGGCUAUUCCAAGGACGUCCGGAAAAAGAUCAGUGACAUCUAGUGUAGAUUGGAAACCCAUCAAAAGUACUAAGACGCCCAAUGAUAAACCUCGAAACAGCAGCCCUACAAGAUUCAUCUUCUUGGGACUUAUGAUUGCAAUGCCUGUUGUGUCCUUUUACCUAGGAUCAUGGCAGCUACGCCGUUUGAAAUGGAAGACCAACUUGAUUGCUUCUUGCGAAGAUAGACUAAUCUAUCCUCCCUGUGCAUUGCCCAAGAAUUUUGAUCCCGAAGAUGCUGAAAAUUGGGAAUACCGUAAAGUUACUAUCGAAGGGGAGUUUCAACACGACCAAGAGCUCUUUGUAGGUCCUCGUGUGAGAAAUGAAGUCAAGGGCUACCUGCUCUUCACGCCAUUUAUACGCAAGGACACUGGUGAAAAACUUCUGAUAGAAAGAGGAUGGAUCAGGGACGACAAAGUAGUUCCAACGGAUCGAAAUAUGCUUCAUUUAUCACUGCCCACUGGAAACAUCGAAAUCGAGUGUCUUGUGCGAGUUUCUAAGAAUAAGGGUACGUUCCAAUGGGAUAAGGAAGACCAGAAUAGCAGAUUGUGGCAGAUCGUGGAUUACCCAGAUAUGUCAGCGGCAUGCGGUGCUACUCCACUGCAUUUGCAAGCCCUUUACGAUUUAAAAGAUCACGACUGGGUACACGCAGGAAUAGGUGGUGAAAAUCAAAAAUCCAGCAACAGUAAGGUCUCAUGGUGGAAGUUCUGGAAAAGUUCAGCACCACAAUAUGCUGGCGAGUCUGUUGACUCCAAAUCAUCGCAAUCUGAAGACAUUGAGUUUCACGAAUGGCAGCUUAUCAAAGCCGGCGUUCCAAUUGGCAGGGUCCCCAAGAUCGAUCUGAAAAACAAUCAUUUGCAAUACCUGGUUACCUGGUACGGACUAUCAUUUUUGAGUUCUAUCUUUUUGAUCGUAGCCCUAAGACGUAGCCGGGGUGGCGCGGUCUCUCAGGAUCAGCUUAAACGCGACAAAUUGAGACAUGCGAGUAGAUAUAUGUGA